AUGGCUUCAAUGCUGGAAUUCCGUACGCCAGGUUUUAACCCGUACGCGGUCAAGUACUCGCCCUACUACGACUCGCGCCUCGCCGUGGCGACAUCGGCCAAUUAUGGCAUCGUCGGCAACGGCCGCGUCUUUUGCCUGGCCCUGACGGCCGCCGGCAUCAAGGUCGAGAAGAUGUUCGACACCAACGACGCCCUCUACGACCUCGCCUGGUCCGAGAUCAACGAGAACCAGCUCGCCGUCGCCUGCGGAGACGGCUCCGUCAAGCUGUUCGACCUGUCUGUCAGCGACUUCCCCGUCAUGAGCUUCCACGAGCACAAGCGCGAGGCCUUUUCCGUCAACUGGAACCCCAUCACCAAGGACACCUUCCUCUCGAGCUCCUGGGACGGAACCGUCAAGAUCUGGUCGCCCAGCCGCCCCACGUCGCUGACGACGCUGCCCGUAGGCUGCUGCACCUACAGCGCCUCGUUCAGCCCGACCAACCCGGCCAUUGUGUCGGCCGUGUCGAGCGACUCGAACCUACGCAUAUACGACCUGCGCACGCCCGUGUCGGCCAAGUACCACCUGACGACGGUGAUCCCCGUGCACGCCGCGCCCGCCGGUCCCGUGCUGCCGCGCCUCCCCGACGGCCAGACGUACGCCGGCGCCGUGCCCGCCGAGAUCCUGACGCACGACUGGAACAAGUACACGGACACGGUCAUCGCGACGGGCGGCGUCGACCGCCUGCUGCGCACCUUUGACAUCCGCAACCCUGCCAGCGGCCCGCUGGCCGUGCUGGCCGGCCACGAGUACGCAGUGCGCCGCCUGGCCUGGAGCCCCCACGCCCGCGACGUGCUCGUCAGCGCUAGCUACGACAUGACGGUCCGCGUCUGGUCCGACGGCUCUUCGGCCCCGCUGACCCCCGCCCCGCCCCAGCACCCCCAAAUCCGCUCCGGCACCCAGCUCGGCGUCAUGAACCGCCACACCGAGUUCGCCACGGGCGUCGACUGGUGCCUCUUUGGCAGCGGCGGCUGGGUUGCCUCGGUCGGCUGGGACGAGCGUGUCCUGCUCUGGGACGCGCACACCCUGCUGCGCUGA